AUGGAGUUGCGACUGGAAGUGGUUGAGGACGCUGCAUCCGGAUCCGAAGUGGCUUCGCCAUUCUCAGAAGAUGAGACCGUUUCGGAAUAUGAAGUAGGCGUAGUGAAAGUGGAGAAAGAAGUGGCGUUUAUGCUGGAAGAUUCUGCGUCUGAGAGUCGUGAAGGAUCUGAGCUAGAUGUGGCUCUACCGUUUUCUGAGGAUGAAAUAGGCAUGGAAAUGACGCUGGAAAGCAUUGAAGAUGAAGAAUCCAAAGACUUUGAGGUCGAAGUUGCCAUGACUGUCUUAGAAUAUGAAAGGGAUGAGUAUUUCGAGAUAGGAUCCGCAGAGGAAGCCUCGUUGGAAUCUGUCGAUGUUGAUCCUUCAUUUUCAUCAUCAGACUUUGUGGCUUGUGAAGUAAGGCUGCCAGAAGAAAUUUUUGAUGAUAUUGAAUCGGAUUCUUCCCCAGUAGUAUAUGCUUCGGAUGAUGAUGAUAUGAUCAAGGUUCUAGAAACUGAAUCAGGCUCUGUAUAUGGGUCUUUACUUGAACUCUGUGUUUCAUUUGUUGUAACACUCUGGCUAACUGUUGGACUGAUGAAGCUGAUCUCUGUAGAAGAAAAAUCCGCCGCACUCUCUGAAAAGGAGGUUAAGUCUUUAGAAAGAGAAGUGCCUGCAGUAAAAUCACUAGACGAUUUUGUGUCUGUUGACGCUACAAGGACUGUCUCGCUCGAGCUGAAAGGAUCAGAUGAAGUUCCUUUUGUGUCCAUUGUAGACGACACUAUUUCGCUAUCGGAAGAAGUAACGGUUGAGGUCGAGUUGAUGACUUCGGUUGGUGUCGACGAUGCUGACGACGACAAAAGUGGUGACGACGACGACGAAGAGUCUUGCAAAGAUGACGAGAAUGAUGGUGACGAUGGUUCGGUUGGUAUUGACGACGACGACGACGACGACGAAGUGGAAGAUGACGAUGGAUCAGUUGAUAACGACGAUGCUGACAGAGAAGAUUCAGGCAAUGAUGAUGACGAUGCUGACAGAGAAGAUUCAGGCAAUGAUGAUGACGAUGCUGACAGAGAAGAUUCAGGCAAUGAUGAUGACGAUGCUGACAGAGAAGAUUCAGGCAAUGAUGAUGACGAUGCUAACAGAGAAGAUUCAGGCAAUGAUGAUGACGAUGCUGACAGAGAAGAUUCAGGCAAUAGUGAUGACGAUAGUUCGGUUGGUGUCGACGAUGCUGACGACGACAAAAGUGAUGACGACGACGACGAAGAGUCUUGCAAAGAUGACGAGAAUGAUGGUGACGAUGGUUCGGUUGGUGUUGACGACGACGACGACGACGACGAAGUGGAAGAUGACGAUGGAUCAGCUGAUAACGAUGAUGCUGACAGAGAAGAUUCCGGCAAUAACGAUGACGAUAGUUCCGUGGGUGCUGAUGACGACGACGAAGAAGAAUCUGGCCAUGAUGAUGACGAUAACUCGGUGGAUGUCGACGAUGAAGAUGAAUAUUCCGGCAAGGAUGACGAAGAAGAUUCUGGCAAUGAUGAAGAUAGUACGGUUGAUAACGACGAAGCUGACAAAGAGGAUUCUGGCCAUGAUGAUGAGAAUGAUGAUGAAGCUAGUACGGUUGAUGAUGAUGACAAUGCCGACAGAGAAGAUUCCGGCAAUGAUGACGAGAAUGAUGAUGAGGAUAGUAUGCUUGAUGAUGACGACAAUACUGACAGAGAAGAUUCUGACAAUAACGAUGACGAUAGUACGGUGGGUGCUGAUGACGACGAAGAAGAAGAUGAUGAUGAAGUCACGACUUGCGUUGCAGAUGAUGCUACCAAUCAUUUAGAGAAGUACACGCCAUUGUAUCCUUUACCUCCGCAUUUGCCGUACACUGCUACACGAGAGUCCUGUAUUGUGGUUGAGGAUAGUAGUGAUGAUAUUGCAGUGGAUGGAGUCAACGUGAUGGCUGAGGAUGAAGGAACAGUUGAUGACGAUUCUGACGGAGAAGAGUCUGGCAUUGAUGACGAAAAUGAUGAUGAUGAUGAUGAUAGCUCGGUGGAUAUCGACGACGAUGCUGACAAAGAAGAUUCGGGCAAUAAUAAUGACGAUUGUUCGGUUGGUGUCGACGAUGCUGACGACAAAGAAGCAUCUGGCCACGAUGACGAGAAUGAUGAUGACAAUAGUACGGUUGAUAAAGAUGAUGAUGCCGUUGGUAGGCUCGACGUUAUUGUUGACGACGACGACGACGAUGACGAUGGAUCAAUUGAUAACGACAAUGUUGACAGAGAAUAUUCUGGCAAUGAUGAUGACGAUAUUUCGGUUGGUAUUGAUGACGACGACGAAGAAGAAUCUGGCCCUGAUGAUGACGAUAACACGGUGGAUGUCGACGAUGAAGAUGAAUAUUCCGGCAAGGAUGACGAAGAAGAUUCUGGCAAUGAUGAUGACGAUAGUUCGGUUGGUGUCGAUGACGACGACGACGAAGAAGGAUCAGGCAAGGGUGACCAGAAUGAUGAUGACGAUGGUAUGCUUGAUGAUGAUAAAGAAGAUGCUGACAGAGAAUAUUCUGGCAUCGAUGACGAGAAUGAUGACGACGAUGAUAAUGCUGAUGAUGCCGCUGUUAAAGUCAACGUGAUUGAUGACGAGGAGGACGAUAACGACGACGUGGAAGAUGACGAUGGAUCAGUUGAUAACGACGAUGCCGACAGAGAAGAUUCUGGCAAUGAUGAUGAUGAUAGUUCGGUUGUCGAUGACGACGACGACGACGAAGAAGGAUCAGGCAAGGAUGACAAAGAGGAAUCUGGCAAUGAUGACGAGAAUGAUGAUGAAUCUAGCACGGUGGGUAUCGACGACGAAGAAGAAAAAUCUAGCCAUAAUGAUGACGAUAGUAUGCUUGAUGAUGAUAAAGAAGAUGCUGACGAAAAAGAUUCAGGCAAUAAUGAUGACGAUAUUGAUAAAGAUGAUGAUGCCGCUGGUAAUCUCGACGUGAUUGUUGAGGACGAUAAUAGUGGUAGCGACGACGAAGAGGAUGAGGAUGAGGAAUUUUCUGGCAAUGAUGACGAGAGUGAUGACGACGAUGCUGAUGAAGAUUCCGGCAAUGAUGAUGAAGAUAGUUCGGUGGGUGUGGAUGACGACGACGAAGAAGAAGAUGAUGAUGAUGAUGAUGAUGAUGCAGUUGAAGAAGGUUCGGUCUCACUCUGGGUGUGCCGAGAGGUACUUGUCUUGACGGCAUUAGGGUCUGUGCCGGGAGUACACUGGUAG